AAGAAUUCUACUAGUUUUAAAAGAGCAAAUUUAAAAAUGAAAUGCUACAAAGCACAACUUUUCUCCACUUGUACACUAUUUAUUAUACUUUCUUCUUGUAAUAGAAACAAGUUUCAUGGUGUAAUGUGUAUGAGAACUUGAUGAAAACACAAUUUAAUAAUCCAGUUUGCCAUUCAAUAAUCAAGGUCACAGCUGUGUAGUUUGUCUGCGCACGACCGAGGCGCAAAUGGACGACAUAUUUUUAGGUCAUUUAGACAUGGACCAAUCAGCGUCGCGAUAUGUAGGAGGUAGAGUUGUUGUUCCCUUCAUGGUUUUCGUAGCUCAAACCUAUCUUGAUACAAAUUUCAUGUACGUUUUUAUUCCAUCGUUACGUAUGUUUUUCACGUCGGUCAUCGGAAAUUGAAAGGCCAAGCUUUGAUAAAUCAUGGCUCAGCCAGGUUUUGGACCACCUUCUUUACCUGUAGGGACAGAAGUUAGUGCCAAAUACAGAGGUGCCUUUUGUGAAGCAAAAGUUAAAAAUGUUGUAAGGGUUGUGAAAUGCAAGGUUAUGGUAAAAGAUUAUCAGUCAAGUAUAUUUGUCAAUGAUGAUGAAAUUAAAGGAACAAUUAAACUUGGGGCAGUGGUUGAAGUAAAACAUCCUGAAACAGGUCAACCAGUAGAGGCUACUAUCAAUAAACUUAUAGACCAUAGCACUUAUACUGUUGUUUUUGAUGAUGGGGAUGAAAGAACCUUGAGAAGAACUCAACUUUGUCUUAAAGGAGAUAAACAUUUCAUUGAGAGUGAAACUUUGGAUAACCUACCACUAUCACACCCUGAGCACUUUGGUACUCCAGUUUUGCAAAACAAAAAAUCAAAAAGGAAACACGAUGGUGCUAGUGAUGGGGAAGAAGAAUCAGAUGAAGAAGAGUCACCAAGACGUGCUACAUAUAGAGGCAGACACCAAGAAUUAGUUGGUAAACUAAUGCUGGUUGAUCUCCCACAUCGCAAGGGCUCGCUGAUUCCUGCACUGGUUGUCUUACCAGAUGCAAAUAGCCUAAAUGAAGUGAAAAACAGAGAUCAAAUUCUAGUUCGUUCUUUCAAAGAUUCCAAAUUCAUGGUGGUUACACGUAAAGACCUUAAAGACUUUUCUAGGGUUGUUGCCAUUAAAAAUGAGGACAAAACAAUGAGAACUGCUAUUGAGAAAGCACUCCUGUAUUUUGAUACUAAAGAGUUGCCAGUAGGGUGGGAUAAAGAGGAAAUGCUUGGAUCUGAUUGUGAUGAUAAUGAAGAUGGUGAAGAAGAAAAUGAAUAUGCAUCAGAGGAUGAACCUUUUGAAGAAAAGGAUAGAUUUGUGGCACAAUUGUACAAAUUUAUGGAUGAUAGAGGUACACCAAUUAAUAAGGGGCCUUGCAUUGGUAAUAAGGACUUGAACCUUUAUAAACUAUUUAAGAUAGUUCAGAAUCUUGGAGGCUAUAAUAAGGUUACUAAAGAGAUGAAAUGGUCAGUUGUCUACAGCAAAAUGGGUUUGCCUUCUCUUCAUCAGAAUCCUGCUCAUCAAAUCAAAACAGCUUACAAAAAGUAUCUAGAUGCUUAUGAAACCUUUUAUCGUAAACUGGGUAGUACAAUGGGUACUUUAAGUCGACCAGGUCGUGCAAGGCAAAACUCCAGUAGAAGUAUUUUGAACUUCCGUGGUAGAGAGAGAAGCCCACGAUCUCCUAAACCACCAGAAAAGGUUAAAGAAGAUACUGAAAGUCCUAAGCGCAAAAUAGAAGUUUCUCCUGACAAACCUGAAGAAGCUGAUGCAGCUACUAACAUGGGUGAGGAUGGUGAUGUAAUGACCAGGAGAACUCCUCGUAGAGAUGCUAGAACAUUGACAGUUAAGGAAGAAAAAGAUAAAAAAGAGGACGUGCAAAAAGGGAAAAAAGAAGACAAAAAAGAUGAAGUUAAUAAAGCCAAAAAAGAAGAUAGUGUUGCCCCUAAAGGAAAGAAAGAAAGUGUUUCCUCUGCGACAAAGACUGAUGUCGUUAAAGUUAAGGAAGAGUCAGUUAAAAAAGAAGAUAGAAAAUCUUCUAGAAAAAAAGAGGUGGAUGAAAAGGAGGUAGAAAAAGAUGAGAAAAAGACUGAUAAAGGUAAACUAAUGAAAGAAGAAGAGAAGAAAGAGAUGAAAGUGGAGUCUCCAGUGCCUCAGGACAAAGAAUCACCAAAAAAAAGGGUCACAAGGCGUAAGUUAAUGGUCACAGAUUUAAAAGAAUCUGAAUUAAAAGAAGAGGAAGAUAAGAAAGAAGCUACAAAGAAACCACUCAUAAAAGAAAACAAAGUCAUUGAGAAACCAGGUGAUAAAAAGGAAAUCCCAAAAACUCUAGAAAGGCGAGACUUUAAGUCAUUGGAAAAAAAAGAUACUGGUGCUAAGUCAGUGGAGAAAAAAGAUACAAAGUCUGGUGAAAAGAAACCCAAGUUAAAUGAUGAUAAAAAACAGAAAAAAGAGAAAAGAAAGGAUGAAAAAAUGGAUGAUGCAUUGGAUAUAAGCUCCAACAAUAUGGUUUCACAAGCUGGGCAGAGUGAUGAAGAGGAUGAAUCAGAUGUUGAAAAGCCUGUUACAGAUCCAAAAUUGGAUUUCCCUAUAGGCUCACGGUUGAAAGUAAAGUAUGGAAGAGGAAAAAACAAAAAGAUUUACAUUGCAAAGGUGGUUGAUUUUGGCAAAGAUGGAUUACACAAGACAUAUUUGGUGCACUAUGCAGGAUGGAAUACUAGGUACGAUGAAUGGAUCCGUGCAGAUCGCGUGGUCUCAAUUUUGGAUAAACCCUCAGAUGGGGAAAAUAAAGUUAAAACACCUCCAUCUAGGCCUCCAUUUUCUGCUACAAUGAAAAAGAUUGGAAAUGGAACCAAACCUACAGGCUUGAAAAAAAGUGGCCAGAUAUUCAGAACUCCAAAAAUGAUUCGUGCAAAAACUAGAGCAACACGCUCAUCCAGUUCUGAUACCUCUGUUGUCAGUAAAGGUUCUGACAAAAGGCUGACCAGGCGGCGUUCUAUAUUAGCAGAUUCAACUGGUUCUAAAUCUCCUGAUAGUCACAUGAGUAGUGAUGCAGAGGAUAACACGGGCUCAGAAAGAGCAGAUGAUGAGGAUGAAAAUACAAAGUCUGACAAAGAGGAGGAGGAUGAUAUUUUAAAUGUGGAGGAAGAUGAAGAGGCAGAGAGAGAGAAAUGUGAUCUUGACACAAGUCUAGAAGAAGGAGAAAUUCCCGUGAAGACCAUUGUAGCUCCUGAAACAGGAUCAGAAAGAAUUGAAAAUGAAGAGUCUGAGGUUAAAAUUAAACAAAAAGAUCAGUGUGAUGUGGAUCAGCCUGGAGAAGAUGUCUCUCAUUUGGCUGAAAAUACAUCAGAAGGAAAGAAGGAUUCUAAAGAGAAACUAGAACAUGCUAAGGAAACUCCUGCAAAGACUGUAACCGAAGUUGUCAAAAAAUUUGUUUCAGAAGUUAAACAUGAAAGAGCAUCUGUGGUGGUAUCUGAGGUUAAUAAUGCUGUUGAUGAGAUUAGAUCUGCUGUUUACCAAGGUGAGUUAGAGCCUGAAGAAAAGACAGAUGUCAAACCGGAACCUAAUAGUGUGGAUACACCUACUCCAUCAUCUGAUUCUACACCUGAAAUAUCAGAAAAACCAGAAGAGCUGGAUAAAGAAAAAUGUCUAAAUGAAAUAACAAACCUGAAGUCCCCAGGGCCUAGCAUAGUGGAGCUGUGUGCUUCACCUGCUGAUGAAGAGCAAGCACUUAAAAGUAAGACUGAACCUCCUGUAGAACAGGACAAUAAGGAGUGUGAGAAACCCAAGGCAGGCAGGGGAAGAAAAAAGGAAAUCCCAUCUAAAGAAGUAAAACGACCAUUUAAAACACUUGACAUGAGUGGAACAAACUUAGCUGGAGAUGCUCCUAGCCUAGCUCCAGUGAGUUUAGAACCUGUACCGGCUGCAUGUGGAGCUACCACUGGCAAGACAGAGCCUUCACCAUAUGAUUUUGAUGUAGAAGUAGAAACAUCAUGGCAGCGAGAAAUCACUAAGAAGUGGGAACCCAGUCAAAAAGGAGCUCCUAAUGUUAAGGAUCCAAAAGAUUCAUUGUCAGCUGCUGAUGAAGGAGAGGAAAAAGACAAGAAGAAAGUAAAGAAAAAAACUAAAAGGAAAUCUCAGAGUUCUGAACAAGUGGUAGAUAAAGAGGGGGAAGAACCAGUGACAACUACUCCUUUAGCUCCUAGUGUUAAAGAUGAGGCCCAACCAUCACCAGUUUCUGUUGAUGUUGCAAUUGAUAAAGUAGCUCCUAAAAAGAAAGGUAGAAAGAAGAAAGAGCUUGUUACAGAAACUAAGAAAGAAGUGAUUGAGCAAUAUGAGAGCACUGUAAAUAGUGUUGUUGAAGCUGUCAAACAUUCACUGCAGGAAACAGAGUCUGACCAUGAACAAAGGCCUAUGGUGAAAAGACGAAGAAUGAAGCGUGCUUCAGAGAGUGAUAAAAAAGACACUUCUGUUCGUCAGUUAAAAGUAGGAAGAAAAAUUGCAGGCAGAGAUUUGUUGGAAGGGUUUUUACAAGUGAAUUCUGAAGAUGAUAAAAAAGAUUGCCCUUCGAAUUCUCACAAUGAAGCUUUAUCUCAGUCUUUACCUAUUCUUGAUUCUGCUUGUGGCUCCUCGUUGGUGGAAGAUAAUGAAAACAGCUUACCACAAAAAGAAAGGCGAAAAGAAGCAAGUUUUUCAGAAAGUCAAGGAUUUGAACCUCAGCCAGAACAGCCUGAUGCGAAUGCUCCAUUUGACAACACACCACCCACCACCCCUGAGCAUGAUGAAGAAGCUCAUGGUGCAAUCCACCAUCAACCAAAUGUAUAUAAUAAUGACGAUCUGGCAUUAAAAUCAGAUAUUAAAGACUCUGCUAAAGCAGUUUGUCCCUCUUCUUCUGCAUCAUCUAUAUCAUUGCCAAUUCCUAUAAGCAACCAUGUGACAGCAAAAUCUGCCAGUGAAUCUCCAUCUGAUAAUGAUGUGACAAGUACAACCUCCACGGACAACUUUGACACAACUCCCACUGCCCAACAGUCAGAAAGUAGUGGAACAGAUCAAGAUGUUCCAUCUAACAAAAAAAGAAAGACUGCUGAAGAUAUAUUGAAUGGUAUUUUGGGACCAAAGAAAAAGAAAAGGAUACAUGGAACUAGAAGUAGAACAGCACAAAAAUCCCCAAAAUAUCUUGGCAACUCAGAUUCUCAGAACUCAGCUUCAAAUACUCCCAACCACUGCCCAGAGUCUCCACCUACUAAAUUUCCAGAUUUGUCCAAAUCUCCAAGACCUUCAAAGUAUAAUUUUAGUGCUGAUUUAGGUGAAUAUUUAGAAGGAGAGGCAAGAUGCAAUUUUCUUAUCAGUAAAAUGAAGGAAAUCAAGUCAAUUUAUAUGAAUCUUAAGUCAGAAGUGGCUAGCAUUGACAGAAGAAGAAAAAGAGCCAGAAGAAAAGAAAGAGAGUCUUCCCAAGUGUCACCAAAUGACAGAGACACAUCAACAUAGUACUGACUUCUUUGUACAGCUUUUAAUCGCAUAUUUAUAUUGCUGCCAUUUUUAUACAAGUUUGUUAGAUUUUAUCUAAAGCUUGUUAUUUAAUGAGCCAUGAAGGUAAUAUAUUGUGUACAUUUAUAAAUAUUGUCAAAAUGUAAAGCAAAAAUAAAGCAAAUAAUAAACAGAGAUAAAAGAUCAGUUUACCUUUGAUAAUUUAUCUCUGUCUUAUGUUGCCUUAUUCUAUAUUUAUACAACAAUCGUUGUUUUAAAGCAAAAGCUUAUCCCACUGGAAGUUCAUAAAUUGUAUUAAUAAAGGGUUAUUUUUGGUACAUAAUUCUACCCAUUUGUAAAUUUACUUUACACAUGCCUUCAUUUUAGAAGGUAUGGUAGAAUUUUGUUCCUGGUCCUGUCACAUACUUUAAAAAUUGUAUUUAUUUAUUUGUUAAUAAGAUAAUGUUAAUAGUUUAUUGUAUGAAUAUAACUUCUCUUUGAUUACAUCAUGUAGUUCAUGUCUUAGUUUUUAGAUUUGUUUCUUUCAGUACUUAAAUCUAAAUUAUGCCUGUUAAACUUCAUUCCUUCAAACCAGCAAUUCUCAUUGAAUUUUUUUUUAGACCUGACGCCACAAUUGUACUACUGUAAAAUUCUUCUUUAAAUUACUUUUUAGCUAACUUGUUGGACCUGUGAAUGUACAUUUUAACUUACACAUUUUAAAUGGAAUGGUAAAGCUGCAAUCUAGACAAUGUUAUGAUGAUUCUUUCAGCUUGCUGAGUUGGAUCAAGUGCUUCAUAUGCAAUAUGAAUAUUUGACUAUUCUCUGAUGCCAUUAAUUCAUAUUAUUGCUCAAAAUCGUUUCCAGUUGUCGUAUAUUCCUUUAUUCGUUCAAGUCUCUAUCCUUGAAUAAAAUCUUUUAAAGUUCUAAGCAUUGAUUAUGUAAAUACCUAAUUAGAUUUUGGGGGAGUAAAAUGAUUUUUAUUAGACACCACCUGUCUUCUGGCCACUUGUUGAUGACUGUUAAUGUAAUAGAAUCUACUAUAUUUCAGCUUGCUGAAGGCAUUUUGUUUAUGUACUACUUGGUAAACCAUCUUAUUUAAUGGAUUCAAUCUCUAAUUUUCAUUUUGUUCAUUUUUUUCUUGGUUCAAAUGGGUUAUUGGCCUUAUUCAUUUUGGUGCCAAUUUUUACUUUUAUAAAAAUGGUGCAAUAUGUUUCAAAAACAAUCUGACUUUAAAAUAAAAUGGUUUACAGUACAUAAAGGUAACAGUUAAAAAUGUAAUUUCUAUUUUUGUAAAGGAAUAAUGUAUGUUCAUUUUGGUAAUGACCUGUGCCAACAUGUGUUGACUUCCACCCUCUAUCCUAGUUGGAGGGUCAAAGUGCAAUUCUCAAUUCUUUCAUGUUUGGUUGGAGCCAAUGAAGUUUGCGCUUUAAAUUAGAUUUUUAGUAUCAGUCCCUCAUAUCAAAGUGCACCAACUAUUGGUGAACAUAGUAGUAGGCUUGUCUGAACAUAUGGGAUUGUGAUGUUUACAAACAACUGGUUGGGUUUGAAGUGAUAUAUAUGUGAUGUCUACGUCAGAUAUUCUUAUUAGGAGAAAGUAAUACAUGCUAUUCAUUCCGAUUGUCCUAUUUAUGUACAGAAAUAAAAUGAUUUGC